AUGUCUAGUCUAUCACCAUGUUCACACGAAGAAGCUGACACACCUAUGAUGGUACAUGUUGCUGAUUCAGUUUCCAAAGGUCAUCAAGAAGUCAUGAUUCGUACAGUGGAUACAAAUGUUGUUGUACUAUUCAUUGCUGCUAAUGGUUCAAUGUGUUUACAUCUUGCAUGUGCUGGCGGAAAAGAAGAAAAUGUGAAGUAUUUCCUUGACAGAGGGUUUGAUAUAGAAGACAAAGCCGAGUAUGGAAAAACCCCAUUAUGGAUGGCAUGCUGGAUGGGAAGGAGUAAUGUUGUAAAACUUCUCAUGAGUCUUGGAGCAGACAUUCUAACUACAACCACAGAUGGAACCUCGUGUCUUGAUAUUGCACUCAAGGAGGGUAAGGCAGAAGUGGUAGAGAUUUUACGUGCAGCUGGUGCAGAUAUGGAGAACACUGUACUGGUGGUUGGAUCUCACUGGUGGCCAAAAGAUAGUUUAUCAUUGUCUCUAAAUCAAUUAGAGAACGCGGUUUUACUAGCUAAGAAGGGGCAUGGGGUGAUCUGUACGGUGAUAGAAGAAACUGCAGAUGAGAUAGUAGAUGCCAGAAACCACAAAGUACAUCUACUCACACCACAAGCGUCAUUGCAGGGAAUGGAACCAGACCAAGACUGGUUAGAAAUAUUCCCAAUCUUAAAGCAUCACAAAAAGUUAAGAUAG